UACAGGGACCUCAUAGAUGAACAGAAUCCCGUGGCUCGAAUCUAACGCACGGCGACUCCCACACCAUAACCGUGCUUUUAGGAUAAAUGAGGAAACAGAUUUAAAGAAAGCAGGACGCUUCUGUUCUUACAGUCAGGACGCUGAUUGGAAUAACAUCUCGUAGUUGGAAGUCUAUUGAGAUGAUGAAACCCAGCGAGCCCAGUGGAUCUGCUUUCCUAAAGGUCGACCCUGCCUAUAUGCAACACUGGAAGCAGCUUUUCCCUCAGACUCAGCUGAAGGUCGGCUCCCUGACAGUGAUUCCCAGCCAGCUCCAGCCACUCGAUAGAGCUGGCCCGGCAAGCGAGAUCCUUCGCCAGCACUCCGGACAUCUCACCUCCUCGUCGUCCUCAUCCACCUCCUCGUCCUCUUCUUCAGCGUGUUCCCUGUCUUUCUCCGGCCUGACCCCGGUUUCUGUGCCGCAGAUCUCGGUGCUGGGACAGCGCCUGGUUUCUGAUCCGUCCUCGGCGCUCAACGGCAACCAAGGCAAGGAACUGUGCUCCUCGGGACCGGAGAGGACGCCAUCAUUCUCCUUCACAACAGAGGAUCUGGACUAUUACCUGUACGGGCAGCAGAGGAUGGAGAUCAUCCCCGUCAUCAACCACACAACAGACCCCAAUAACCGCUGUGACAUGUGUGCUGACAAUCGGAAUGGUGAGUGCCCAAUGCAUGGGCCACUACACUCACUCCGUCGCCUUGUGGGUACAAGCAGCAGUGCAACAGCAGCUCCACCUGAUGUGCCAUGUGGCCUGCGUGAGUUGCCACGGGAAGUGUGCUUAUGUACGAGCACUGUGCCAGGCCUGGGCUAUGGCAUCUGUGCAGCACAACGCAUCCCACAGGGGACCUGGCUUGGGCCUUACCAGGGAGUUGCCAUCUCCAGAGAAAAAGUACAAGUUGGAGCUCUCAGGAACAGUCGUCACCUCUGGGAGCAGAGCACAAACUACUUUGCUUUUAUCGAUUGA